AGGUUGAGGGAAGGAUUUUGGAGUGUGGUAUAUUGCUAUAAACCAGCAGACGCACUUAUGUUCCUUCACUUGAACCUCAAUAACAGGGAUUAUUUCAUACAAGCAACUCCGCUGACCACUGGAACAAACUCCCAGCACAGGAACUGAGGAUGAGGAUGAAGAGCGCUCUGAACCUGCUGUCGCUGGUGUGUCUGUGUGUAGCCCAGAAGAAGUGGACUCAGGACACAUCUGAGUGGGAUGGCCGAGACAAACCAAAUGGCAAGAGCUGUUCAAACCUGACGCAGGUCCUGGACAACUGGAAAUACGCCAUCAUGUACCAGGUGAAAGACAUGCUGGUCAACGAUCAUGCGUCCAUCUUACCAGAAUAUGUCAGGAUCCAGCCCCUCUCAGACGCAGUGGGAGAUCUCUAUAAGCAGUUCAACACUCUUAAGGAGAACCUGGCGAAGCUAACCAACAAGUUUGACAAAGUGGAAAGCUUUGUGGAUGAGAUCCAAGCAGGAAAAUUUCCCAAGCCAAAACUCUGGACGUCCCCGAGACUCCCUGUCAGAAGAAUCCCAGCGAAAAGCCCUGUAAGAGUCCCUGGUAAAGCCGUGUGGGCUCAGAGGAGAGCCAGGAGAGGGCCUGAGACUCAAAUGAUGACAGUAAGAGAGGACAACUGAACUGAACUUCAGACAUAAUCAUGAAGCUUUUCUAACUGUAGCCUGCUUACACCAGAGAUGAGCCUGUCGGGAUUUAAUACAGGUGCAUUCUGGGAUUUAGUGUUUUAUAUUACAAAAUAUACAGACUUACGUCAUAAACUGACUGUAUGGAACAUGCCGCUUAUGAAAGGACCAUUAUUUGUAUAGUAUGAUGGAGUUUGACUUUAAUGUAUGCAUUUAUAAAUAUUAACAAAAAUGUAUAUUAGAUCAUAUAGAGCUAUAGUAGAUAUAUUAGAUAUAUUAGAGAUAUAUAGUGGAAAACAUGAGGUGAGUUGAACAGAAAAAAUGUUAAAGGACAUGUGCAAAAAUGCAUUAAAUAUUGAAAUGUUUAAUUUUUUCCUCUUUUACAGAUUCACUAAUGUAUAUGUAAAUACAUACAACAUAUGUGCAUAUGUUUUUAGCAUGUUUAUCAGGGCACAUUACUCAGAUAAUAAGCAUAUCAGUGUGUUGAUCAGCAUCUCAUAGUUGCAUGUUAUAAUAAGCUACAAGUAAACAACAGCUGGGAAAAUAAUAUACACCAGUACUGAAGAACUGAAAAUACUAAAAUUAUAAAGUAUUUCUCAUGGACAAUGUCUGUCCUCUACUGGACAAUCAUUGUAGCAGAUCUGAACAUCUGAAGUGAUGCAUUUGUUGAAUCUCUGCCUAAAUCUGCACAUUAAUAAUUCAUUUGGCUUUCGUCAUCAUGAAAGCAGAUGUGCUGGAUGGAAACAAAACAGUCAAUCUUUCUCUCCUCAAGUGUUUCUUAUAUAUGAUGCAUCUUACCAACCAGUAAAAUAAUAUUCCUGUGCUCUGCUCCACUGACACCUAAACCUGAUUUUGGUUCUUCUGUACAUGGUGUAAGAUUAACAGUCUCUUCCGUUGACAUUAGGAAUAAUGCUGCCAUUAAAACUUAUAUAAUAUAUCGGGUUUUUUUUUUUUUCUCAGCAAAUUCAUGCAACAGAUGUCUGAUGUCUUUAUUGAUGCAUUCUUUGUACUGAUGGUUUAAAAUAAGCUUUUAAGUUUGAGAUGAAAAUAAAUGGUCAAUGUCA